UGAAGACACACGGACUUCAAAGGUGGUACUUUUAAUUCGUUUUUCUUCUGAGUUUCUAAGAUUGAGAGUGAUUUCAAUGGAGAGAGGAUAGGAAUCGGAUUGGAGACUGUGGUUUUAGUGAAGUUUGGUGUUGUUGAAGGUGCAGCAUUGGAAGGAAUCAUGGCCCAGAACAAUUGGGAUGCUGAUAAAAUGUUGGACGUUUAUAUUUAUGACUAUUUAAUGAAGAGGAAUUUGCAAGCAUCUGCUAAGGCCUUUCAAGCUGAAGGGAAGGUGUCUUCAGAUCCUGUUGCAAUUGAUGCUCCUGGUGGCUUUCUUUUUGAAUGGUGGUCUGUCUUUUGGGAUAUUUUCAUUGCAAGGACAAAUGAGAAACACUCUGAUGCUGCUGCAUCAUACUUAGAGACUCAACUACAGAAAGCACGAGAGCAGCAGCAGCAACAACAACCACAGCCUCAAAGGCAGCAGCAACUGCAUCAAGAGCACCAGCAACAACAAAUUCAGAUGCAACAACAUUUAUUACAGCAGCAUGCACAACAGCAGCAGCAGCAGCAGCAGCAACAACAACAGCAACAGCAGCAGCAACAACAACAACAGCGUAGAGCAACAGCAAAUCUUUUAAAUGGCACUGCAAAUGCUCCUGUUAGCUCUGAUUCUUUAAUGCGACAAAAUUCUGGCAUUGCUAAUGCUUUAGCAACAAAGAUGUAUGAAGAACAACUUAAGCUGCCACUUCCAAGAAAUUCUCUGGAUGAAGCAUCAAUGAAGCAAAGGUUUGGUGAAAAUGUUGGGCAAUUGUUGGAUCCUACCCAGACUUCGAUGUUGAAAUCAGCUGCAGCACCUGGACAACCUUCUGGUCAACUUUUGCCAAGUUCUGUUGGUGUCAUGUCAGAUGCUUUACAACAAGUUCAGAAUAGGAAUCAACAAUAUCCUGGAUCUGCACAGGACAUUAAGACUGAGGCAAAUGCAGUGUUGAGUAGUAGAUCUUCCGUUCCAGAUGGAUCAUUAAUUGGAGUAUCUGGGUCAAAUCAAAGUGGUAGUAAUCUAACCUUGAAGGGAUGGCCUCUCACUGGGCUCGAUCAGUUCCGUUCUGGAAUUCUACAGCAACAGAAGGCACUUAUGCAGUCUGCUCAAUCAUUCAAUCAAAUUCAGUUUCUUAAUCCGCAGCAACGACAGCUACUCCUUCAAGCACAGCAGAAUCUGACAUCCCCAAUGGCGGGAGAUUUUGACAGCAGAAGGUUAAGAAUGCUUUUGAACAAUAGGAGCAGCUUUCUUGGUAAGGAUGUGCAGACAAACUCGAUCGGUGAUAUCAUUCCAAAUGUUGGAUCUCCUCUGCAGACCUCAUGCCAGGUUUUACCUUGUGCUGAUAAGGAAAUGCUGAUUAAGAAAAUAACUCAGUUACAGCAACAGCAACAAAUUGGCAGUCAACAACAGCAGCUUCAUCAACAUGCUCUUGCAACUCAACUUUCUCAGAGUUCCAAUCCACAUCAACAAGAUGAAGUUGGUGCUGUGAGCUUAACUAUGGAAGCAAGCAUGCCAAACUCCUAUAGAGGAAAUGAACAGGCUUCAAAAAAUAUUGGCCGCAAACGUAAACAGCCUGCUUCAUCCUCUGGUCCUGCCAAUAGUUCUGGAACGGCAAACACUGCUGGUCCUUCACCGGGUUCAGUACCAUCAACUCCCUCGACACACACUCCCGGAGAUGUGAUAUCUAUGCCAAGUUUCCAGCAUAGCAACAACCCCUUGAAGCCUUUGAUGGUCUUAGCUUCAGAUGGCAAUGCAUCUCUGACAUCUACAUCAAAUCAGUUGGGUGACAUUGAUCGCUUUGUCGAUGAUGGUGCUCUUGAUGAUAAUGUCGAAUCAUAUCUGUCUCACGAUGAUGCAGAUGCACGCGAAAGAGUUGGGCACUUGAGGGAUGCUAGUAAAGGUUUCUCGUUUUCUGAAAUUGCAAUCAGUAGAGCAAGCACAAGCAAAGUUGUCUGUUGUCAUUUUUCAUCUGAUGGAAAACUUCUUGCCACCGGUGGUCAUGAUAAGAAGGUGGUUUUGUGGUAUAGUGAUAUCUUAAAGCCGAAAUCAACAUUAGAAGAGCACUCCUUGCUGAUCACUGAUGUUCGAUUUAGUCCAAUUGUUCCACGCCUGGCAACUUCUUCUUUUGACAAAACUGUGCGGAUUUGGGAUGCCGACAAUCCAGGUUAUUCCAUUAGGACUUUCAUGGGGCAUUCCGCGUCAGUUAUGUCUCUCGACUUCCACCCAACUAAAGAUGACCUUGUCUGCUCUUGCGACGGUGAUGGUGAAGUACGUUAUUGGAGUAUUAACAAUGGUAACUGCACUAGAUUCUUUAAGGGUGGCGGAGCACAAAUGAGAUUCCAACCACGGGUGGGAAGAUAUCUUGCUGCAGCUGCUGAGAAUGUUGUUUCCAUUCUGGAUGUUGAAACUCAGGCAUGCUGUCAUUCUUUACAGGGUCAUGUAAAACACGUAGACUCAGUUUGCUGGGAUCCAUCCGGUGAGUAUUUGGCCUCUGUUAGUGAGGAUUCUGUGAAGGUUUGGUCUCUAGCUUCUGGGAACGAAGGUGAGUGUGUGCAUGAGUUGAGCUGCAGUGGCAACAAGUUUCAUUCAUGUGUUUUCCACCCAACAUAUGCAUCAUUGCUCGUUAUCGGUUGUUAUCAGUCACUUGAACUCUGGGACAUGUCAGAGAGCAAAACAAUGACUCUUCCGGCGCAUGAAGGAUUGAUCGCAGCCUUAUCAGCAUCGACUGUGACAGGAUUGCUUGCUUCCGCAAGCCACGAUAAGUUCAUCAAGCUCUGGCGAUGAACUUUGAUCGUAACCAUCAUCAAACAUCUGACAAACAGGCAAAAUUUUUGUUGCAUUUUCACUGAAUCUAAGCUAACCAUCAUCUAAACAUGCUGCUGUUGUCCUGUUCUUUUCUCCUUAAUAUAAUGUCUCUCUUUGCAUGUAAAAGACCUUGGUGAAAUUGCUAGAGUUUUACAUUUUAAUCUUGAUCAUCUAA